AGAUCACCGUUCCUUGCAAUGCCGAUGACGGCAGCAGCACCGGCAGCUGCACAUACUACAGCAACAAGGUACUGGAAGCUGAUGAUCACAUCAUUGGUCGCACAAGCGGCGCUUUUUGGCGACCAAGAAAAUGCCCACCGCCAACGAGCCCAUCCGCGACAAGGACUGCGCGGUGGUUGUCCAUGAUAUGUGGUCUGAGCUGCUAAGACCUGUCCGCGAAAACUUUUGCGAUGAAGACAUCAGCGAUGAACUCUACAUACUCAGGUAUAUCAACGACGAUUUUUGGGGGAGAAUCGAUCUCAAUGGCACCUACCCGGUUCUUGCUGAAUGCGGCAUUGCGCGUUUUGAGUGCGGGUCUCAACAGAAGCCUACCGACGAUACGAACUAUGGAAUCCUUGGCACUAUUUAUGACGAGCCCUCUAUUCCCCUCGGCGCCCCUAUUCCUGGCUGCGUACAUAGGCGGUACGUGACUGGACUGAUUGGCUCCCCUCUUACGGAGAUCACCUCUGCUGAGGAUAUGGUAGCCGUUGUCAUGGAUAUCAUGGAGACAUGUCGCCAAAUGUAUGCGACCUCCAAGCACGUACACCUGAAUAUGUCUCCAGAUACGAUCCGCUUCCGCCGUUUGAAUAAUGGCCGUAUCAAGGGAAUGAUUUGGGGAUUCAACGGUCUUGCCAACAGGGGGAAAACAAGUGCCGAAAGUGCUAAUGAACGCGUUGGCCCACCUCACUUUAUGAGCGUGAACGCUGUUGAGCUCAAUUCAAACCCAUUGACUGAGCUCGACGAAUGGGAGUCUUUGAUCUACAUUAUGCACUCUGUGGUGCUGCACAGUUGGAAGCGCUUUGCCAAGACCGGGACCGAGACCGAUGCCAGGAUCGACACCGAGUUGGACGAUAAUCUGGUGUAUCUCAAGCGAUGGGACGAGAAGGUCAGAUUUGCUAAGCGCGAGUGUUUAGACAACAGUGCCAACUUUGCCCGCUAUUUAAAUAUUCUGGACGACACCAUUCCCGGCUGCAAGAUAAUCAAGGACCUGCUGAAUGAUUUGCGCGGAGCUCUUAUCGAGAGCAGCUGCUAUCACAAGGACGCUGUCGGUGCGUUGAUUCGGGAAGGGGAAUAUAUGGAGCCGGACCCGUUUAGCGAAGACCCUGUGGAUUUAUCCCCAAUGGUUGAUCCAUUCCGAAUUCGCGCUGACUGGGCUCCGUAUAUUGCCGCCCGACUGAGAGCUAUACUCGAUCAUUACGCGGCCAACUUAACCCAAUGGUCGCACCCUAAGAACUAGAUACUAAUUUAGUUUUUGUUUCAAUUUGU